AUGAAGGGCAGACUAUACGUGUCUCAUUUUCUGACAUCUUGGACUGAUAGAGUCUUUGAGUUCUCAUGUUAUCUAUUCAUUGGUGACAUAUUCAAGACGUCCUUGUUAUUAGCGUCCAUCUAUGGAUUCAGCACAACCAUCUCGGCUAUUGUCUGGAGCAAUUGGGUGGGUAGAUUGGCUGAUUCCUCUUCCAGGCUUUUGUUUGUUCGCAUGACAAUGCUCGUACAAAAGUCUGCUAUUGUGGCUAGUUGUGUUCUUUUCUACAUCAUCCUGGAGUUCAACUACCGUCCCUAUUUGCUGUAUAGCUUCAUCGUCGUGUUUGGGUGCAUGCUCAAACUGGCAUUCAUAGCCAAUAAUAUUGCUAUUGAGAAAGAUUGGGUCAUGGUGAUGACAGACGGCGAUACAGAAGUUAUGCUCACUGUCAUGAAGCGUAUCGAUUUGUUUUGCAAGACAAUGGCUCCCGUUAUGAUUGGCUCUCUCAUGGCGUUUGGCCCCUCUACGGGUGCUAUCAUCAUUGCUGUGUGGAAUGUCAUGUCAGUCAUCAUUGAAUACCAAUUGGUGUUCCAUACCUACAAAGCAUUCCCUCGAUUGGCUUCCAAGAAUAAAGAUUACAUUCAGAGCAGAAUAGGCGAACAGGCACCUCUCUUGGAUGAUGUGUCCGAGGGGAUGAGUGGUCCAAGCAAUGUAGAGACAAGCAUAGAUCAACAACAUCAAGCAGAGCAUUCGGUUUCUUUUAUAGAGUAUAUUCACCACAAGAUUUUCCCUGCCAGUCUAGCUGCAGGCAUGCUGUAUCUUACUGUGUUGUCCUUUGGCGGCAUCAUGACCUCUUACUUGAAAAUCGUGGGCUACUCAGAUUGGACGUUGGGGUUACUGCGAGCUGUUGCUGGUAUUGCUGGCAUCGCUUCCACCUACAUUUUACCAUACCUCUCUGCUAAAAUAGGGAUCAUUCGCGCCGGUGUGUGGGCGCUGUGGUUUGAGAGUGCUGCUUUGGUUCCUGUCGUGCUGUCAUUCACUGCUUGGGGCAGUCAAUCUUCUUGGGGACCCAUCAUGUUGUUUGGUGGCAUGUCAGUCAGUCGCAUUGGUCUCUGGGUAUUUGACAUUUCAGAAACGAUGCUCAUGCAACAGAUGGUGGAUAACUCUCAGAUUGGCAGCAUUUCUGGCUGGCAACACAGCCUAUGCAACGUAUUUGAGCUGUCUCAAUAUGUGCUGACCGCCAUCGUGCCUGAUCCUAACGACUUUCUCAUUCCAGCUACUGUGUCUUUGGGUGCUGUUGUUGCUGCUUCUAUUUCCUACACUGUAUUCGUCAAGCAAGAAAGGGGCCACUUGUUCCACAUCAAAAAACGCUUGUAA